GUGAGCAAGCGAGCUUUUAUGGCAGCUGCUCCCGGGCGUACGAUGAACUCCUUUCUGCUCCUCUACCUCUUCUUCUUCUUCUUCUUCUUCUUCUCCCUCGAGACCCUGACAGUUCUCGCUGACGACGACGUUGCUCUCUUCUCUCACCUCGAGUCCAGCAUCCUCAAGCAGGGCGACAGCCUGGCCAACAAUGGCUCCACCUUGACCUUGCAGGUCGACUGUGACCUUGUCCUGAGGGACACCAACAACAUGAUCAUAUGGAACUCCGGCAGCGUCGCCCGAGCCAUCGACUGCAUAUUUUGGAUCAACAGGUACGGCGUGGCCGUCGUCAGCGACACCGAAGGCAUUCCCUUGUGGACAACCGGCAGCCCGGCGCGUCGGGGGAGCUACGCCCUCCUCCUCCGCCCCGACGGCACGCUCCGCAUCUACGGCCCCUCGCUGUGGAGCUUCAAAUCCAUAGCCAACAGCAGCGGCAGCGACGGCACGGUCUCCAACCACCGGCUAGCGUCAUCGUCCUUUGACAGCUCGGGCUACAUCAUGUACUCGUCGGACGACUUCAUCUACAGGCCCACCGGCGGGGCGCUGCUUAAGAACGGCAACUACACCUUGGUGCUGGAGACUACGUGCACCAUGCACAUCCGCGGGGCCAGCGAGGUGGAAGCCGCAUCCUCCAGGGAGGAGCGACGGGGUCUGCAGGCCACUGCUCCCACCUGCAAGGCGCAACUGUCGUCCGACGGGGAACUGACCGCCUACAGGCUGCUCUUCCCCGAGGAGGGUAGCCUUCAAGACGUGUGGCUACGAACCUGGGGAUCCGACUUCACAAAAAAGACGCCGGAGUCUAUCGCCGCCCUCGUCGACGGCGGCUCCGCCGGGGAGCUUCUCAUAUACCCCAUGAAGCAGACGCUGGCAUGAGACCCCUGAACCAGCUGCAUGCAUGCGUGCAUGCUUGUAUACGUAUAGCUGCGCGCUUGUCGUUCAUCGUCUUCUUCCUCUGUGUUCGGUGUGCUGUAAUCUGCUGCUAUGUCGGCUGUUCUCCUGCAGGUGACAUAAACAACAGGAGGAGGCCAAUUCUGUGUCAGUAACUACUUAAACUAUGUGCUUCAUUAUGUUA